CAUACCCUCAUUUAAGAAGCGGAUCGUUAAAGCGCCACUGAGAGAGAUGGAAAGUGCAGGUUUUGAUCCAGAUGCCGGACAAAGAAUCAUGGCUGCAGAACAAGAGGCUGAAGAAACUGUUUCUCAAGAGCUGCACAGCCCCUCUGAGCUGAGGAUCAUGCUGCUUGGGAGACACUUGUCUGGGAAAAGUGCAUCAGGGAACACCAUCCUGGGCAGAGAGGAGUUUAGAUCUGGAUGCAGCUCCUAUACCAGGACAAAGGAGUGUGAGAAGAGAACAGGAGAAGUGGCUGGGAGACGGGUCACUGUGGUCGACACUCCAGACACAGACCAGCUCGAGAUUGAGAGACGUGUUUCUCUGUCUGCCCCUGGACCCCACGCUUUCCUCCUGGUGAUACAGGUGCAUUCAAAAGAAAUGAUUGACACCCGCACUGCACUGUGGAAGUCUCUAGUUAAACAGGAUUGCAAAGACUUGGAUGAAGUCCAGGAGCUGUUUGGUGAGAGAGCUGUGAGGAACACGAUGAUCCUUUUCACCUUUGGGGAUUAUCUAGAAGGAAAGACAAUUGAGCAGCACAUCGAGGAAGCCGGUGAGGAGCUCCAGCAGCUUGUUGAGAAAUGUGGUAACAGGUAUCAUGUUCUCAAUAAUAAGAACAGGAGCGAUCGCACUCAGGUCACACAGCUCCUGGACAAGAUAGACAACAUGGUGAAGGGAAGUGGAGGCUGCUACACCAUGGAGAUGUACUCAGAGGCAGAACAAAGGGUCAGAGAAAUGAAGCUAAGGAGGAAGAGAGAUGAGCAGAUUGAAAAGAGCAAACUGCUGAAAGAGAGUCCAGGAACACUGGAGCUACAACUGGAGCUGAGGAGAGAGAGGAAGAAAUCCAGAGAGCUGGAGAGGGAGCUGGAGCAAGAGCUGAAGAACGAGAGGGAGAAAAUAAGAGAGCUGGAGGAGGAGCUGAGAAGAGAGAGAGAAAAGGAGAGAGAGAGGAGAGAGAAAAAGGGGAGCUGAGGAGAUAAAGAGGGGCGGACAUAAGAAAAGCAAAAAUGACUGUUAAAUUUGAAAUUGAAGACCAGGAGGAUUAGGAACAGUGUUUUAAUAUAUACAUUACUGAAAAAAAAACAACGUCCAUAGUUUACUUCUGUACAAUACAAGGCAUUUAGCUAAUGAUGCAUCACCUUAGGUUGUUUCAAUGAGUCUCUUUCCUUGGCCUUGUGAAGGAAACACCAACAAUUUAUAAUGUAUUUGAUUUUUUUUUUUAAGUAACAUUUUCUUUGACAAAAUAAACCUGAAAUAUUUACUGCAAGCCUGUCUUUUCUCCAUAAGAGCUUCAGCCGCUAACAUAGAAAUCUCCAAGGAGAACUCAGGAACGGUUAUCACAAGCCUGCUGUUAUCCUUCCAGGAAGGGAGACAAUUCUAACAAACUCAAACAACAACAUCUAAUAGAUAAAACAGACAGGAUACCAGAUUCUUACUAGAUGGUGCUGCCGUGUGGAAGUAGCACGAAGGACAUGUUUUCCAGUAGUCCUUAUGGCAAGAGACGAAAUACAACUAAGAACAUUCUUAAAAUAUCUCGAUUUAAAAAUCACUAUGAGCACAAAAUAUGACAAUGUCACUCUCAUAUUCCCCAUAAAUUCAAAAUAUCACAGUCAACAAAUUUGAUAGGAAACACUGCAAACAAGAAUACACCCUUAUAUUUAAGAAACAUAAGAAAGUUUACAGAUGAGAGGAGGCCAUUUGGCCCAUUUUGCUUGUUUGGUUGUUAGUAGUUUAUUGAUCCCAGAAUGUCAUCAUGCAGCUUCUUGAAGGAUGCCAGGGUGUCAGCUUCAACAACAUUACUGGGGAGUUGGUUCCAGACCCUCACAAUUCUCUGUGUAAAAAAAGUGCCUCCUAUUUUCUGUUCUGAAUGCCCCUUUAUCUAAUCUCCAUUUGUGACCCCUGGCCCUUGUUUCUUGUUUCAGGUCGAAAAAGU